ACGGUCAACGUCAGUCCCUCUCACAACACAACAGUGAAUAUGGCGGCCAGCUCGGAUCGUGUUCCUCCUCCUCUUUCUCCUCUCUCCGGUCCUCUCUCCGCCUCAGAGGAGCCGCGACCCGCACACACUGACAUGGAGGACGGGGACAGCGACGAGGGAGAGGACAUCUUCGUUAGUAACAGUAACCCUGUGGCUGUGAGUCGAGGAGUUAAUAAUGAAGAUCGUCCAGAUCUGUUCAGUGAGGAGGAGGCCAGCAGCACGACGGCCAAAUCCAACGGAGUUCACUCUGAUGAUGACAACGACCUGUUUGCUGAGGCUCAUGUGGAGCUGAGCACAGACACGCCAGGCAGCUCUGCCCGGAAGGAGCUCUCCACCUCAGCUGGCCCUCCUCCUGCCUCCUCCUCCUCCUUCACUCAGAGCCCUGCAGCCCUGCAGACUACCUCCUUGGAGCAGUUGGAGGAGGAAGAAGACAAGGAUAGUUUUGAUGUGGAUGUUGCCGUCACCAACCCUGAGAAAAUCGGAGAUGGCAUGAAUGCAUAUGUGGCCUACAAAGUAUCCACCAGGACCUCGUUGACCAUGUUCAGGAGUAAAGUCUUCUCUGUGAGGAGACGUUAUAGUGACUUCCUGGGUCUUUAUGAGAAGCUGUCGGUCAAGCAGACGCUCCACGGCUGCAUCAUUCCACCACCACCCGAGAAAAGUGUCGUAGGAAUGACCAAAAUGAAGGUGGGAAUGGACGACCCGUCAUCAGUAGAGUUUGUGGAGAGAAGAAGAGCAGGUCUGGAGAGGUAUCUUCAGAGAGUAGUGGCUCACCCAUCGUUACUACAAGAUCCUGAUGUCCGUGAGUUCUUGGAGAGAGAGGAGCUACCCAGAGCGGUGAGCACCCAGACGCUGAGCGGAGCUGGCUUCCUCAAAAUGAUCACUAAGGCAUCAGAUGCUGUCAACAAAAUGACCAUCAAGAUGAAUGAGUCUGACACUUGGUUUGAGGACAAGUUCCAGGAGGUGGACAACGAGGAGCAGCAGUUGAGGAAGCUUCAGGCGGUGGUCGACUCCCUGGUCAACCACAGGAAGGAGCUGUGUGGGAGCACGGCAGUAUUUGCCAAAAGUAUGGCCAUGUUGGGAAACUCUGAGGACAACACGGCCUUGUCGCGGGCCCUGUCCCAGCUGGCAGAGGUGGAGGACAAGAUGGAGCAGCUGCAUCAGGAGCAGGCAGCCAGUGACUUCUUCAUCUUUGCAGAGCUGCUGGCCGACUACAUCCGCCUGCUGGGUGCUAUGCGCGUUUGUUUUGACCAGCGUGCGCGGUCGUGGCAGCGAUGGCAGGAGGCUCAGAGCACACUCCAGAAGAAGAGAGAGUCGGAGGCCAAGCUGCUGUGGGCCAACAAGCCGGACAAACUGCAGCAGGCCAAAGACGAAAUCACUGAGUGGGAGGCGAGGGUUACUCAGUACGAGAGAGAUUUCGACAGGAUUGGCAUGACUGUACGCAAGGAGGUUCUCAGGUUUGAGAAAGAAAAAGCCAAGGACUUCAGGAGCCAGAUAGUCAAAUAUUUGGAGGCAAUGCUGCAGUCUCAACAACGGCUGGUAAAGUUUUGGGAAGCGUUCCUGCCUGAGGCGAAGGCGAUAGCUUAAUGAGGAGGGAGACUUUUUAAAGACCCCAACUGCCUUUUUUUGAACACUUUACCUCUUGACCACAAACUGAGAGGACAAUUUUGAAACACACAAGAAACUUCCAUCCAUUUUUUUCUCUUUUUAAUCAUAGUGUAUUCUCUUAUCUUGUACAGUUCUUUGAUAUAAUAAGCUGCCGCAUUUACACAACAUUUCUUUGGCAUAACUCCUUGUUUCUGUUCUCGACUGAAAGAUGGUAUAAAGCAGGAGAUUAACCUGGCUGUAGUAUUUGUAAAACCUGCUGUCUGUCUGUCAGUGGGACAUAUAUUUAUGUUUCUUGCUUAAACCAGUAUAAUAAAGUGUUAACACUGAGGUACUGCCCUAGAGUAACCUUGUCUAUAGUUUACAUUAGAAGAUAGACGUAUGUAAGUCAUUCCAGUCUUUAACAGCUCAUGUUGAUGAAUGCAUGUCAGAUAAUGUUUUGAUGCACUAAAAUGCAUUGUACAGUUGGAAAAGCUGUUUUUUAAAUAAAAUACCACUAUUGAUGACUGAGGUCAUUUACCUGGAGUAUUAGUGUAUCACACAGUGUAUAUUAGAUCAUAGAAAUCAUAUUAAAACUCCGAUUUGACAAAGUAACAGACUUGUCAGAGUUGUUACAAAAUAAUGAAAGAAACUUAAUGUUACAGUGAGUGCAAGUUGAGAAAAUGCAAUCACUGCUUUGUUGGUAUUUUCUACGAUGAUGUAUUUGCUAGAAUUAUGUUUAUUAUAUUAAUUGAUUUCUUCCACAACAGUUUUAAGUACUUAGGCCCAAAGUAACUCAUCUGGAGCCGCUACAGAGAUUGUUUACUGCCUGUAAAUGACUGUUGACAUGUAUGUACACAUGUACAGUACUUGAAUCAAAUCAUACAACUACUGUCAGAUAUUAUUAGUAAGCAUACAUGUUUUUGAUAAAUUGGUUUAACGAUGACAGAAAGGCACAGACAUUCAAGUGAUAAUGGUCCAUUAUUUUCUUAUUCAGCAUUUGUAAGUGUAGUUUUUCUGUCAUGUCAUCUUUACGUAAGAAUGUGCUUUAUUUUUGUAACCACUUUGCAUUAACACACACAUUUUCCUGGAAAUGCUAAACAGGUAGAUGUACAAAAUAAAUACGAUUGGUUAAGCUUUGAA